AUGUACACUUAUAUGGAAUAUCUUCAAAAAUGUUUUUAUAAAUCAACGAACUGGAAUGAAGAUAACAUAUUCUCAAACAUAAAUGCAACUUCUCAAGCUAUAUUAGACUUUCCCAUACCCAAUGGAUUAAAAAUAGAUACAUCAUCAAAGACUUCAGAUUAUUCUGCAUCAAGUUUCACAUUAUCAAAUUUUCAUCAAAUUAAUGGGUCAUUGGCAUAUUUAUACUCGCUGAAUCCUUUAACUAAUACAAUGGGAUCGAAAGAUGUUUCAUUACAAGAUGCAAUAGCUGGGUUUAGAAUUAUCGAGCCAAUGCUAGUAUUACGAAGACAACAGCAAAAGAUUAAACAACCAAAACUUAACAAUAAACACCUGCUACUAUAUGGUAGAAUGUAUUUUCCUGGAUCAGCAUUGGAAGCAAUGGUUAUUAAAAGAUUAAAUGAAAACACACAAUUGUUGAUCAAAUGUGUGAACCAUCCAUAUUUGGAAAAAAACGGUACUAUGAUAAUAUAUUUACAAAAUAAUCAUGUGAAAUACUCAAGAGAAAUAAUUUAUUCAACUAAUGAAUCAUUAAUUGGAGUAAGAUUUCUAUAUAAUUUAGGAAAUACUAUAGCAAAAAAUAUAAAUCCUAAUCUUAUACCAAAAUUUGAUAAUUCUGUAAUUUCAAUUGGUACUGAAGUUUGGUAUGCAGCAAGAACACUAAGUCCAGGUUUAUCAACAGCUUUACGAUAUUCAACUAGAUCAACAUCAACAGGAAAACCAUUAACAAUGACAUUAGCAAUAAAUCCAAUAUUGGGACAUGUAUCUUCUACCUACACAGUAAAAACUUCAGUUGCUUCAACUUUUUGUUCCAAAUAUGACUUCAAUUUUUUCUCCUAUGCAAGUAACUUAUCCUUGGGGUUUGAAUUAUUUAGUUAUUCCAAAAAGCGAUUAUUACAACAGCAACAAUUUCAACAACAAAAUCCUCCAACGACCUACAUCGAUGAGCAGGUAGUAUCGACUCAUGAUCAUAUCAAAAGACAACCAAGUAAAUAUAAAACCAAAACUUUCAAAAAUGGAAAAAGUGGAAAUACGAUAGUAGAAGAAAAAUACCCAUCAGAUCAUUCAUCGAACUCAUUGAAAUCAUCUGCAUCUAAAAAUAGACCAGUAUCAACUGCGUUCCAAAAUCUAGUUAAUGAAAGUGAUUUUUCAAGUGUGAUCAAGGUAUCAACAUCUUUAAAAGAUAAAACUAUAAAAUUAUUAUGGGAAGGAAGAGUUAAAGAAUUUCUCGUUAGCACUGGUGCUAGAGUAUCUAUUAAUCCUAUAACGAAAGUACCUGAAUUUAACAAAUUGGGAAUUAAUUUCGCGUAUUCGUUUUAG